CAGAGGACGUCGGGUUCGUCUGUGGCUGGGAAGUCUUUGGAUCAACACAGGAGUGUGGAUGUAAGAAAAUACCGUGUGCAAAGCAUCUUUACUGGGGAGGAUGUGAUGUGUGAAAUGCUCCCAAGCCCUUUUCUCCACACCAGCAUAAAACGCAGAAGGAAGAUUUUGCGCUGUUGUUUCUGAUUCAUGUUUGGGAUCCAGGAAAGCAUCCAGCGGAGCGGGAGCAGCAUGAAGGAGGAGCCCCUCGGCGCGGGGAUGAACGCGGUGCGGACGUGGAUGCAGGGAGCGGGCGUCCUGGACGCCAGCACGGCCGCGCAGAGCGGAGUGGGUCUGGCCCGGGCUCACUUCGAGAAGCAGCCUCCUUCCAACCUGAGGAAGUCCAACUUUUUCCACUUCGUCCUGGCUCUGUAUGACCGGCAGGGGCAGCCCGUGGAGAUCGAGCGCACCGCCUUCGUGGGCUUCGUGGAGAAGGAGAAGGAAGCUAACAGCGAAAAGACCAACAACGGGAUCCACUACCGCCUGCAGCUGCUCUACAGCAAUGGGAUCAGGACGGAACAGGAUUUCUACGUUCGCCUCAUCGACUCCAUGACCAAGCAGGCGAUAGUAUAUGAAGGCCAAGACAAGAACCCCGAAAUGUGCCGAGUUCUGCUCACGCAUGAAAUAAUGUGCAGCCGCUGUUGUGACAAGAAAAGCUGUGGCAACAGAAAUGAGACUCCAUCAGAUCCAGUGAUAAUUGACAGGUUCUUCUUGAAAUUUUUUCUCAAAUGUAACCAAAAUUGUCUAAAAAAUGCAGGAAACCCUCGAGACAUGCGACGAUUUCAGGUUGUGGUGUCUACAACAGUCAAUGUUGAUGGCCAUGUGUUGGCAGUGUCGGACAAUAUGUUUGUGCACAACAAUUCCAAGCAUGGGCGGAGAGCUCGAAGACUCGAUCCUUCGGAAGGUACGCCUUCUUAUCUGGAACAUGCAGCUACACCAUGUAUCAAAGCCAUCAGUCCAAGUGAAGGAUGGACUACAGGAGGUGCCACUGUCAUCAUCAUAGGAGACAAUUUCUUUGAUGGGUUACAGGUCAUCUUCGGCACCAUGCUGGUUUGGAGUGAGCUGAUUACUCCUCAUGCCAUCCGCGUACAGACACCUCCCCGACAUAUCCCAGGGGUUGUAGAAGUCACAUUGUCCUACAAGUCUAAGCAGUUUUGCAAGGGAACGCCUGGAAGAUUCAUUUACACAGCUCUGAAUGAACCCACCAUUGACUAUGGUUUCCAAAGGUUACAGAAGGUUAUCCCCCGGCACCCUGGUGACCCUGAACGCUUGCCAAAGGAAGUAAUACUUAAGAGGGCUGCUGAUUUAGUAGAAGCACUCUACGGUAUGCCACAUAAUAACCAGGAAAUAAUCCUGAAAAGAGCAGCAGACAUCGCGGAAGCACUCUACAGUGUGCCUCGCAAUCAUAACCAGCUCCCCGCCCUUGCCAACACGUCAGUCCAUGCAGGAAUGAUGGGAGUGAAUUCCUUUAGUGGUCAACUAGCUGUCAACGUAUCUGAAGCCUCACAGGCCACCAAUCAGGGUUUUACUCGCAACUCAAGCAGCGUGUCACCUCACGGCUAUGUGCCAAGCACCACCCCUCAGCAGACAAAUUACAACUCUGUCACAACAAGCAUGAAUGGCUAUGGGAAUGCUGGAAUGUCAAAUUUAGGCGGUUCUCCAACCUUCCUGAAUGGAUCUGCUGCCAAUUCUCCCUAUGCCAUUGUGCCAUCAAGUCCAACAAUGGCCUCCUCCACUAGCCUCCCCUCCAACUGUAGCAGUUCAUCUGGGAUUUUCUCGUUCUCACCAGCCAACAUGGUCUCAGCGGUGAAACAGAAGAGUGCUUUUGCGCCUGUCGUGAGACCGCAAACUUCUCCUCCUCCCACCUGCACCAGCACCAAUGGCAAUAGCCUGCAAGCUAUAUCUGGCAUGAUUGUUCCCCCCAUGUGAAAGAAUUGCCUUGAAGAAUUUUAUUAAUGAAGAGGUUGAAUUCUGCUUCAGAGAGAAUCUGAUACAAGUCCCAGAGCGGAACUUUUUACUCAGGCCUUUUUAAAAAUAAUAAUAAAAAAAAAAAGAAAUAAAGAAGAAUCUUACAAUAACUGCGGAUUUUUAAACAAAAAUAAAAAAUAAAAAAAAUCACCAUCCUUGCAAACACUGAAAUUAACUAUCUGCAAUUGCAAGGUGUUGAUUCAAGUUGUCCAUCCCAAAUAACUGGGAGAUAUAUUUAUUGUACGUUGAUUAAAAAAAUCCACUUUUCUUUUGUUGUUUUUUCUUUCUUUUGUUGUUUUUUUUUUGUUGGUGGUGGUGGUGGUUUUUUUGUGUGGGGGGUUGGGGGCUUGGUUUUUUUUUUCCCUUUUUUUUGUGUGUGUGUUUUUUUAAGGUUUGAUUUAACUCAACAUCGUUUGUCUUUUAUAAAUCAUACAAUUACGCAAGGGACACUAGAGAUGGAACUCCACGUUUUUAAUUUAUGAAUUUUUUUUUAAGCUGUGUAAAGAAAAUGAAGUGGUGUCAUUUGCAUACAAGUCUGUAUGGGACAGAAUAGAAGUGCCAGUUAGUUUUUCGUAGAAGAAUUAUGGCCAUUUAAUUAAGGGUCGGCUCAUACAGGUUGCUUAUCCAGUGGUGAUUUGCUAAUGUGAUACAUUUUUAAUGUUCUCAUUAAAUGGAUAUCACUCCCCAGAAAGUGGAUAUUUUUGGAUGGUGAGAGCGGGAUGGGGGGUGGGAUUUGGAAUCUCUGUCUUUAAUCAGGCUAAAUAAUCGUGUAAAUAGUGCGACAAGAAAAGUUGGUUAAAGCUUAGAAUGCAAGUAACAAACACGUUUCCUCUUGAACUCAAAAUCCAGUGCCUCCAGAUAUACUGCUAAAACUGCAGCAUUAGAUUAGCACGGCUCUCGUUAGCUUAUAUAUCCAACUCUUUCCCCAUGGGUGGCCUUCCUGAUGUCCAGUGUCACCUGGGCUGUGCACAAAACGCCAUUCACCUUUUGCACAGCCGUCCCAAGACACAAACCACAGCCAUCACGCAGUGGGCGUCUCAUGGUCCCCCUUUAUCUUCUAUGGGGCAGAAUGAGAAAAGGCUCCUCUGCGGUCCUCCGUCCUCACGAUCUAAAAGCACACACUGUUGCCAGCCUCGCGCUAGGAUUGUUCCUGUAUCAGUCGACCCUCUCCGUUUGUAUCAUAAUAUAUAAAGCCACAGGUAACUGCUUCUCAACAGUAAAAUGGAAACAGGAGUUCGGGGCGGGCGGUGGGGCUGGUGGGGAGGUUUCAGAUCAGAACCAUGGCUUCUGUUUUACAAAAGUUUUGCUAUCGUCAUCUGGGAAGUGUUCUUAAAAACGAUUGGUCAAAGAGGCAGCAAAGCUCUGAAAAUGCAUUACCUGAUAUUUUUUCUUUGCUGUUGUGUUUUGUAUGUAGUUAUAAAUACUGUAGAUUUUUUGUGAUUUUUUGCCAAAGUUGUUGUUCUAUUUAUACAUUUUAAUGUCUUAAGACAGUUUUUCAAUAUCACAAUAAAGAAUUUUACUGCAUAUUUUGCAAAAAGAGCUCACUACCUUUAGCUUGCACAUACUUGCGAAAUUAAUUAAAGAAAAAAAAAGCUUUUUGUUUCUGUUUUUUUUUGUUGUUGUUGUUGUUCAUUUGUUUUACGGGGGAUUUUGUAAAAUAUCCAUAUAAAUAAUGUAUUUAUCUUGGGAAUUUGUACAUUGCUUUUUCCCCCCCUACUCCAGUUUAUUUUAUUGUGUAUGUUUGCUAUGUGAAAAGUGAUUUGUUUGGUCAUUCACCGUUGUAUUAGCUGUUUAAAUGUGGUUUUAAAGCAUUUCAUUUAUAGGGUUGGGUUUUUUUUUUUAGUAUUGUUUAAAACCAUGCUUCCAUUUUUUUUUACUUUCCACCCAAAAGCCAUUGUCUAUUUUUGUAUUAUUUGUAAGUUAAGAAGUUUUUUCCAAUAUAUGGCAAAAAGUAGCAUAUUAUUCUUGUAGCAUUUAGUUAUGUAGAUUUUAAAAAAAUGUAUCCUUUGCUUUUGAGGCUUAACAAAAACUAAUGCUGUUUUACUCUAUUAAUAUGCAUGGGAUUUCUCCUCUUUGGAGUGACGCAUUUUUGUGCAUUAAAUAUGGGGAGAAACUUCAUAGAACUCAAUGAAAAUACUUUCUUUCUUAAGUCUGCUUGUAUAUUUCUCUGUCUUUCACGUAAAUAUAAACCAGCAGAUUGGAUGCCUUAACAAUGCAAAUCAUAUUCAUUUCACUUGUACAUUGUACUGUGCACCAGAACUGUCAAUCAUCACUAACAUUCUAAGAAAAGAAAAAAAAAAAAGGAAUUGAAAAGCACAAAAGAACUGUUUUGUUACCUUAAAACAAUAUAACUUUUUUCUAGCCGAGCAAGAAAUCAUUUACAACGAUGCUGCAACUGUGCAUGCUUCCUGUAUGAAUUUUGCAAUGGUUUUCACUAGAAUGUCACAGUGUGAUCAUUUAGGGGAAGGGAAGAAAGCAGGAACUUUUUUUUUUCAUGGUGAGAAAAUAAAAGGAGAAAAAACUGGAAAAUGUGAGAGACAUCAGUUAUUGCUUCUCUGUAUUCCAAGCGGUUAUUCUAAUUCACGUAGUAAGCAACAGCACGACAAUGUAACCAAAUUUAAAGCCAUAUUUUGUCCAGUGACACCAUCAAUUACUCUUGUAGGGCUCCACUCAAAGUCAUAGCGAUUUUGACACCAGUGUUGGCCACCUGUGUUUGUAGUCUUCUACGCCAGUGUCCAAAGAUCCUCUGACAACGUGCAUCGUUUUGUUUUGUUGCAGCUAUUUGUAGUGGUCUGUUCAAUGGGACUUCUUAAACCCCACCCCCUGCACCAUCUUUAUCUUUUACAAAGUAAAAGAUGCAGCUGUUUACAGAAUAUGGCUUUAAGUGGAAACGUCCAGAUUUCAAUUUUAAAAAGGUGAAGCUUCACAAUGACUGGAUUGCAUCAAGUAUGCCUAUUUCCUCACAGUUGUACUAGAAUGCAGCUAAAAUGAAGUCAUCUCUGAAACUACUAACCUUUCACCUUCUUAUCUAAAUCUUUUUGAAUAGACACACACACUGUACAGUUCUAUUGUUAGAGAAACUAACUACUGUAGAGAUUGUUAUAAUUUUUUUGCAGAAACUCAAGCUGUAAAAACUUUUCAACUUUCACAAUAUUUAAUUAAAGUUACUUCCUGUCUGUGAA